GAGAGGAGACAGGGGAAAGAGAGAGAGAGAGAGAGCAGAGAGAGAAAGCGAGAGAGGAGAGAAAGAGAGGAGAACGCGAGCAGAGCGCGCUCGGGCUGUUACCACUGCGCAAUUGCGCACACGUUAAGCGCUGUGUUUUCCCCUCAGCGCGCCUGAAGUGGCGCUCAUCUCCCGCCGCCCCUCGCCUUCUCCACCGCGUCACAUCACUCCUUCCAGCCGCCUCCGCAAACACCGCUCAACUUCAUCGACUACUAUGAGCCCCAGCUGACGCGACGACUCGCUCGGACCCUGCGCCGCGGACGGCUGUUUGUUUUUUUCUUCCCUUUUCUAGGCUCAAUGCCGUCUCGCGCCUGAUCUCGAGCCUCCCGUUAAUGACAGACGAGCGCGCGGUCAUAAUAAAGUGCGCGGUCAUUAUGUGCGGCACUUGGCGUUUUCACUCUGUAUCCAGCAUGACGCUUCUACUGCUUCCUGACUUUUCUUUAGCACUGGAGUGUAUAGCCAUGUUUCAUAAACUUCGGGCUGAAGAAGACAGCUUUUGAGCACCGUCUGAGGCGCGAGCCCGCGUCGCUGCGCGCAUCCUCAGUUAGUGAAGAAAAUAAGGGGAAAAAAAUCAAAAGCGAGCUUGUUUUUUUUUUUUUUUGGCGCUUCCGGAGAUCUGGAGCUAGCUGAUGCUGCUUGGCUGAAGAUGUUAGCCUUAAUGACAUCUGGCCGGAGAUUCCUAACUUGAAGGUGUCACAAGAGCGAGCGUCGACAUUUGAGGAGUGCACUGUAAAUGGGAGCUGAGCUGCUUCUGGAUCGCUCUCGUGAACUAUGUGGAUAAAGUGGUGUAGAGAACGCAGUUUCAUGGCUGCAUUGAGACCAUUGGGACUCCUGGGAUGCAGAAUGUGGGUCCUCUUCACCCUUGUCCACCUCACUAUGGAUCUCUCCAUGUGUGCUCCAGUGGGGACUGGGCUUAGGCUGCUCCCUCGGUCACUGCCUCGCUUACGCCCUCGUCUUCUCAUCCGGGAUGUACCCAGUGGUCCGCACUGGAGGACUCUGGGUACCUGGCAGCGUGGUGUCUCACAUCCUGUACCAUUACUCGACCACCGAGGAGGAGGAGGAAGAGAGGGGUUGGGGUUCAAACCACGGCCACAGAGGCACAAACGUCAUCUUUGUGAGAACUGCACCUCCAGCUUCCCUGCCUCAGAGGGAGGCGAAUCGCUGGAGUUUUUGGAGGGGAGUAAAGCCGACAUUGUGCAGCACUUGUUGCGACAACGUAGGCAGUUGAAGUGGGAUAGUUAUGACAGUUAUUCGCAGGAAGGAAGGACCACUACAGUGGCAGGAUUUAUUGACUGGGGGCCAACUGGGACAGAUGAUGGGGCAGAGGAUGAGGUGAAAGUUAUCCCCAAGACCACGGCCACUACAAAGGCCACCACCACCACUACGACCACCACGACAACUACCACGACCACACGCAGCCCUCAAAGGACUCAUGCGGUGGUCACCACCACCCGUCCAAGGAGGCUGAGUACCACACAGCCUGCUGUUAAUCUCGGCGUGACCGCCAAGCCACAGAAGCCAUUUGGAGAUACACCAGGUUUGGCAGUGCAUCAGAUCAUCACUAUCACUGUUUCCCUCAUCAUGGUCGUCGCAGCCUUGAUAACAACACUAGUCCUUAAAAACUGCUGUGCACAGUCGGGGAAUGGCCGCCACACUAGCCACCAGAGGAAGAUCAACCAGCAGGAAGAGAGCUGCCAGAACCUGACUGACUUCACGCCGGCACGCGUGCCCAGCAAGGUGGACAUCUUCACCGCCUACAACGACAGUUUACAGUGCUCUCACGAGUGUGUGCGCACCGCUGUGCCAGUCUACACAGACGAGAUGAUCCAACACACACCGAUUUACAAGACCACUUACAAUGGGAGCAGACCGUCCCCAACUGAAAGGCAGCUAAUCCCUGUGGCCUUUGUGUCUGAGAAAUGGUUCGAGAUCUCCUGCUGAGGGCCUUUUACUACCAGUGGGUAACUGCAGCUUCCUCAAUUAUGGACCCUGAAUCCCAUUGGAACACCUUGAAUUCUCAAAUAAAGAAAAUUUAAAAAAAUACAAACCAAUAAAGAAACAAAAGCCCAUGUAUUACAGAAAGAAGAAUCAGAAGGUACACACAGUUUUUUACAAACAAUGGAUUUCCUGGACAUGGAGCGAAGAUGUUUAUUUUUCUAAGCUGAUCACAGAUGAGAUGUUCUAUGGUUCCCACUCCAGAUUAUUUUCCAUAUAGACUUCCAGUCAUUUAGAAAUGAUACAAUAUACUUAAUGCUAAUAUAUGAUAUACAUAAAUUACUGUAUGUGUAGAAGUACUGGAGGAAGAUCACCGCCACAGACGUGUUGGAAUGCUGUUUCCUGAUGGGCUGCUUUCUGUGAAAAGGGUGAACAGACUUUUCAGAACUACGUGCCAAUAACGCCAAUAUGUGCCAAUAUGUACAGAUGGGACGCGUCUGGGAGUUUAUCGAAAACUACAGACACAAAGACGAGUCAUUUCUGUGACAGUUAUUCUAUAUCAACCCAUCAUUUUUUGUAUAGAAAGUAUAAAUAUGUAUUUGAACUAUGUUUUGAAAUAGUUGAACAAAAUGUGUUGCAGACGUCCAAAAAUAUUUAUAAGGAUCACUAUUUGAUUUUGAUUAGGUAAAAGAAAAGAAACGACGAGAACCUUGGCUGACUUUUGAGUUUAAUGUAUUGUUAUUAGGCCCUGUUUUAAAUAGAAUAGUCUUCUCUAUUUUUGUACACACACACACUCACACACACACACUCACACUCACACACACAUCACAUUACUCAGUUGUGGUGCAUCAACUCUUGGAACUGUUAAUAUGAUAAUCAGUCAGGGGGGAAGAGACAUUUUUAAGACCCUCGUCGUUAUUAUUGAUGAUUCAGAAAUCAUCGUUCCUGAUGAUUGCUCAUCCAUAGAAGCCAUUUUAUUUGCUACGGGGUGCCAUUACUUAUAAAUGACAGUUGAUAUGUUGGGUGGCUAUGGUCACGGUUUGUGUAUUAUAUCUGUACUGUCAAAGAGCCUUAGUCAUGAGUUGGUCUAAUUUUUCCGUAAUGGUACGCAAUACAUUUUCAUGGUUUGUGCAUCAGAAUUUAAAGACUCCUUUUUUUUUUUUUUUUUUUUUACAAAAACAGUGUACAGUUAUCGGUAUUCUAGGGCUUAUUAUCAAACACAUCACAUUUUUGUGCCAAGUCAUUGUUGAGUGCCAAGUCCAAGUCAUUUGAAUCAUUUAAACACACAUUCAUAACAUUUAUAUUAUUUAUUAGUGUGCUUCAGAAAGUAAGAUGUAUGUACCAAAUGCAGAAAUGUCACCUGGUGUGAUGCUGAAGUGGAUUUUUAUUUAAAACUGUAUGGAUAAUUCAUUUAUACAGAGAGCUGUUAAGGUUUUAUUUCAUUUUGUGCUUCUUCUCAAACCUUUUUCUGGUUGAAAAAUGGUAAAUAAAAUUAAAUUAUUAUCCAACCAGUGGAAAAGAUAGAAAUGACCCAUGAUAACACUUGAAAUGUGAAGAUAGCUGAGUGUGUGCCUGUGUGUUUGUGUGUGUGUGUGUGUGUGUGUGUGUGUGUCUGCUUCUAUGUCUGUGUGAUGUUCAUUUCACAAAUCACUGCAAAAGAUUACAAUGAGAUGGCCAAAGAGUUAUAAAUGAUGGCAGGUAUUCAUUUGGGUAAUUUUGCUGAAAAAAAAAAAAUCAGAACACAAAUCCUACCUAGAAAUCAUUAUUUGACUAGACAGAAGAAUAACACAGGAUAUAGUUCAUAUCAAUAUAAUAGAAUUAAAUUAAAUUGUGCUAUGAAAUGCUUUACUGGUUCUACAAAUAUAGAUGUCCAUGUGGAAAAGCAAACAGUUGUUUGCAAAAGCAUGUAGUUAUAAAUCCAUCACACUGAAAAACUUCGGAAAAAAGAACAUAAUGAUAGCUUUAUGCUCUUCCAUUUCCAUUCCAAGUCACAUAUCCCACAUAUUUACCUCAAAUAUGUGGGUAUUGAUAAUCAAAGGAAUUUUACUCCAUUAAUCUUAUGUUUUUUAGGGCCUGGAUGCACUGAGCAAAAAUGAAGUCAAUCCCUUGUGGGUCUCAUCAGAACGUUAAAAUGCUAUAUGAUGUAUUUCGUAGUUGCAUAAUGGACAAGUAGGUUGAAGGACCAGAGAAACUAAACUUUUUUGUUAAAUAACAUCAAGAGAAAAUAAAUACCCUAGACAGACUCAAAUGAUAUUUUUAGUUGUGAGCACCACAUCUCAUAGCCGACGACUUGGUGACUUCUUGUCGAGGUCGCAAACACAGUGUGCUGCAAAAACAUUUUUAUCAGCAGGUUUAUCAGGCCACACAGUCAUCUCCUCACUGGGAAUUCAUAUACUCGUUCAUUUCGCGUAAUUGUGUUAAUGCACAAUUAGCUAGCAAUCAGUUAGUUAGUUAACUAGCUGGUCAUACUUUAUUACAUUGCAUUAAGUACCAUUUUUAGCCUAGACAGUUAGGUUUCUGGGAAAGCAACACAUAGUACUGGAGAACAUUCUGGAGUUUUUAACUAAAGUUUUAACAGUGGGCUAGCUAAUUUAUCAGUUGUCCACCACUGUACACACAUAUACUCACCAACCACUUUAUUAGGAUCACCUUUACACCGGGUCUUUCGUGCAAUCUUUUGGCAGCAGUGCAAUGCAUACAAUCAUGCAAGUACAGGUCAACAGCUUCUGUUCAUCUUCACAUCAAACAACAAAAUGAGAAAAAAUAUGAUCUCGCUUUGACUGUGGCAUGUUGUUGGGACCAGACGGACUGAGUAUUUCAGAAAAAUUCCUGGGAUUUGUACGCACAACUGUCUCUAGAGUUAAAAAUAAAGGUGUGAAAAACAAAAACCAUCUCCUGUGCAGCAGUUCUGCAGGUGGAAACGCAUUUUUGAUGGGAUUUUGAGUUCUGAGGAGAAUGACCAGACGGGUUCAAGGUGACAGGAUGGCUACUGUAACUGAAAUAACCACUCUUUACAACCGUGAUGAGCUGAAAAGCAUCUCAGAAUGCACAACACGUCAAAUCUUGAGAUGGAUGGGCUACAACAGCAGAAGACCACAUCGGGUUCCACUCCUGUCAGGCACUCCUAUCAGUCAUCUGACGCUACAGUGGGCACAGGCUCACCAAAACUAGACAGUUGAAGAUUAGAAAAAAACAAUGCCUGGUCUUUUUCCAACCAGAUUCUAGUUCCUGGAUGAUAGGAAUGGAUCCCAGUGUGGUCUUCUGCUGUUCUGCUGUAGCUCAUCCACCUCAAGGUUCAACAAGCGUUUCUGUCCACCACGAUUGUAAAGUGUGAUUAUUUGGUUAUCAUGGCUUUCUCCUCUGACCUCUCGCAUCUGACCUCUCCACCUGUAGAACUGCUGCUCAUUGGAUGUUUUUUUUUUUUGCAUCAUUCAGUGUAAACUCUAGAGACUGUUGUGUGUGAAAAUCCCCGGAAAUUAGCACUUUCUGAAAUACUCAGUGCAACCCAUCUGGUACCAACAUCCACGCCUCAGUCAAAGUCACUGAGAUUUUUCCCCAUUCUGAUGUUUGAACUGAACAUUGAUGGAAACCCUUGAACUGUAUCUGCAUGACUUUAUGCAUUGCACUGCUGCCACAUGAUUGGCUGAUUGAACAAGUGCAUGAAUGUUCAUAAUAAAAAAGGGUUCGGUAAGUGUGUACAGCGUUGAGUUUAAUGUAGACACUGAUUCUCCCCAAAGAUGCAAAGCAAUAAUUUGCAGUUACUGUUUUACCCUGAUGAUCUUGGUUUAUUGGUGCAGUAGAUUUGCAGCUGCUUUGGAUAGAGGAAAGACUGGAUAUUUGAUAGGUGCCCUGUUGUUAUAGGAAAUCAGACAAAAAACUUUUUUUUUUCCUACCUUUUGUCCAAGCCUGAAUCUGUACAGCUCUGAGAUCACUGAGAUUGACAGUCAGUGCUGAACUCAGGGUAUACACGUACAGUGUAUCCAGGCCUUCGCACUUUAUAGCCUCAAUAGAUUUCAGUAUUUCCUCUUUGCAAAGGCAUACAACAUGGUAAACAAAAAAAUCCCCAAUGAUCUAUUAAAAUCUAGAUAUUUAUAUAGGUGCAGCUGGACAUAAAUGAGCACUGUAACACUGUGUGCUGCCAGUAAAAGCUCUGAUAGCUCAUAUUCUGGUGUGGUAUGAGAAGGAUAAUGCCUGCCUGAUUGUGUGUUUGUAUCACUGAUUGCAUCUCAUGAAACAAAGUGCACAGUUAUGAAUAAUUUAUUCUAUUAAAAUGUCACAGCCCAUAAUUUUCAUUGACCUUUUCUACAGCAGGCUCCAUGUGAAUAUGUCACUGUAGUAUAGAAAAACAAGCAUGCAUUUAUUUAUGUACUGACAAUAUACAUGUUCCUUUUAAUCAUGCCUUUUUUAAUUUAAUGACUUGUAUUUUAUUUUUUAUUGUUUUUAUUAUUUUGUAUUAUUUUUAAUCAUGCCUUUUUGGGUAGACAACAUGGAAUUAUUGGGAUUGAUACUGUAUUUUUUAGUAUAAUCCAAGGGCAAGAACAACUGUGGCAGCUUUGACACUGCUUUGUAAUGUGUGUGUGUGUGUGUGUGUGUGUGUGUGUGAGAGAGAGAGAAAUACAGAUAUUUCAGUUUGCAGUGCAAUACCUAAACAGAUGUCUGCUGAGACAUCACUCUCUGGAAACUGAGUUCACUCAUUAAUUUGCAUAGGGUGACAAAAAGUUUUAGGAAAUAUCACAUUUACAGUAGCACAGUUGGGAAUCAGAGCGGAACAGAGCACUAGCACACAGUACCGAUCGUCAAACACUGAGCUGGUAUCUGAUUGGAUUGUAUUUAAAUUUCUGAUCCGAUCCUCCCACGCAUUUAUUGUUAUUGUUGUUUUUGUUGAAUUAUACCACAGUGCUAUUAAAUUUCUGAGUCUGCUUACGCUUCACAUCUGGCUGCAUCACAUCGUUGAUGAUUUUCCUAUAACAGCAUGCUCGCCACAGGACACAGGACAGUACUUGUCUUAACACAUACCUCCAUCAUGUGUUUGAUAUUUUGCAAAAAUGUGCAAUAGAAUCAUUCAAAGCUUCAGCUCAGUUACUCAGAUGAAGAUGGUAUUAGAUUAGUAGCGGGUAUCAGAUGAUACUCUGAGCUCUGAAAUGGGAUUGGUGCAUCCCUACCCUAAACAUAUCCAGCCUGUUGUGGACCUUUUCAUUGCUGUGUGCCAGUACUUACCGUGCAAGACAAAAUUCCUACAUGGAAUAGUUAAAAUGGUCUAAAUGGGAAAUGCUGCUACUGUCUGCUAGUUACUCUGAGCUGUAACAGGUUCAGGCUUGUGAUGGAACUUCCACACGCUUUCCAUUACUCUGGCAUGAAUUAUAUGGUUUUAUUAUUCAAGACAUCACCUAAGUGGAUAAAAACACUGCCAAACAGAUCUACUUCUAUUCAGUCGGUUUAAUUUCUAGUUGUGCCCUAACUGCUAAUGGCUGACUGCCAAUGCCGAGACUUCCCACUCGCUAGAUUGCAGAAUGGUUCAUAUAUGAGAUAGAUGGGAAGAAAAUGUUCUGAACAGCAGCAAUGUAUUUGAGUGCUUCAUUGCCUAAUGUAGUCAUUUAAAUGGUUAUUGCAAAGGUGAUUUUGCUGAGUAUAUUUUCAUUCAAAGUUUCAAAGUUUGUUUCAAAGUAUAUUUGUAUGCUGCUUUCACCUGAUGAUGUACACAUGUCCAUACACUGCAAGUUUAAAAAGUUAUUGAACACUGAAUAUGAUAUUUUCAAUACUCAAUACAAUAAAGUUGAAAACCUAGAUAUAAAUAGAUCAAGAAAUGUUUAUUAUCAAAUGUCUAGUGAAUUGACUUUAUUUUACUGGAACAAUCUAAAUCUAAUAAACAGGAAAAAGUCAAAAUUUUUAUUAUUCUAUUUAGGUCCUUGUAGCACACCACGUAUUAAUAUUUUACAGUUAAUCCUAGGAGUGUGUGUAAAUCUUUUCCUCUGUGAGGUAUAUCCUCUGAGUGCACCUGCUUUUAAUAAAGCACUCAUAUACAGGAUCAUUAGGAUCUGUUAAUAAAUUGGCAACCAGUUAAUAAAUUCACCAUUUAUUUAUGUGCUAUUCUACAUCAUGUUGUUUGGUCUGAGGCAAUAACAGCAAUUAACCAGUAAUAAAAUAUAAGAAUCUCUAGGUGUUCAAAAACUUCUGACUUGCAGUGUACACAUUCCUGAAAAAUAUUAUCAUAACGUAUUGCUAUUACAUAUGAGCAAUUUGUUUUAACAAACAUACUCCGAUCACAGUAACUUUAAAAUUGUUCUCACUGAUAAGUUUAUAAGACUGAUCUUCCCUCAGAAAGCAUGGUCUCAAAUAUCUACAUGUACAUGUACCAGUACACAGUAUGCUGUGACAGACUCUUCCCCAAAAGCUUAAGAGGUUAUGGCUCUGUCUGAGCAAGUGAUCCCAUAAUAAUAUUAUUCUUCUGAGGCUUAAGGAAUGAAGUCUUUAGCUGUUUCUUUGGAUCAUUCUAAUGUCGGAACUUUUCAUCAUACUCUAACGGCACACAAAAACAGCCAGACCCAGUAUUCUCGCCAUAAAACUGAAGGAAAUUGUACUUUGUGCAUCUUUUUUAUAUUUGUGUUUACUAUAUUGAUGAGUACCUCUUUUUUUCUUUUGUACAAGUUCUAUAAAUAUAGCUCAGAAAAACACAUGCACACACAGAGACUGUGUCAAAUCUCAGUAUGAUGUACUUUUUUUUUAUUUCGGUCUUUGAGUCUCUCUCUCUCUCUCUCUCUCUCUCUCUCUUUCUCUCUUUUAUAGGUAUUGGUAAAGUUACAUUUCCAGGUGACACUGGUUUUGAUUCCUCUUGUUCUUAAACUCUCUGUGUUUUGGCCACUGUAAAUGCAUCUCUCACCACAGAGACUCUGUACAUUUAGUAGUCUCAUGUUGCUAUUAAUAAAAUGUUCAACAUUAUGGGCUGUCUUUCUAAAAAAAAAAACAUGAUCAAAUGUUUGUAAAAUGAUGAUGGAGUGAUACUGAAAAUAAAAGUUAUUUAAAU